UCUGAAGUCAGUCUAUGUCAGGGUGAGGUACAACGAUCAAGUACCUACACCAGCUAUUACUCACAGAAGUACGUAACAUGUCUAAUCCAUCGGUCCCCUCUUACGUCCGCAGUAAGCUGGAGGAGAUUGCGUGGGAUCAUAGCUUUGUCGGAGGAACGUACGAAAUCCGGUUCGAACCCGGUUCCAAGACGGGUGAUGGAUUCAUUGGACAGAUGGUGCGCGCUACCAUUCGUGGUGAUCGCCUGUUGGACGGAACGAAGUUAUUACGCGAUCAGGAGCUGAAGUUGAUCUGCAAGAUUCCCCUGGACGAUCCGGUUCAGCGCGAGAAGUUCAACUCGAUGCUACUGUUCGAGAGGGAAGUGCUGGUUUACAACGAGGUGCUGCCGGAAUUCGAACGUCUGCAGCUGGCCCGAGGACUGUGGCGAGGUGACGAGGUGGGAUUCUGGAACUUCCCAAGAUGCUACUGGGCUUCGUUCGAUGCGGAUCAAGGGGAAUCGAUGCUGAUCAUGGAAGAUUUGGUGGAGCGAGAUUUGGAGCUCAAGGAUAAGUACGUGCUGGUAGAUUAUGACCACGUGAAGGUGCUCAUGGUGGCCCUUGGGAAGAUGAAUGCGUGCUCCUUUGCUCUGAGGGAACAGAAGCCGGAAGUUUUCGAGAGGUUCAAACGUUUGAAUGACUUGCUGAGCAUUGUCAUGAUGACCGAGCAGACCAAGCCCUUGGCCCGGAGGAACUGCGAACUGGCCGCAUCGAUUUUCAUCGAAGAAGACGCUGACGAGAGGCGUUGGAGGGACAGGUUCUUGGAGCUGAAGGAUUGCAUUUGGGAAAAGACAGAGACGCUCAUGGCGAGCCAAAAGGCCGAACCGUAUGGUGCUUUCAACCAUGGCGAUUGUUGGACUAACAAUGUCAUGUUUGGAUAUGACAAGUCCACCAAUCGAGUCCAGGAAAUAGUGCUAUUAGAUUGGCAAAUGGCCCGAUACGGUUCACCGAUUUUGGACUUACUGUCUUUCCUCUAUCUUUGUGGUGAAAUCGACCUGCGAAGAGAACAUUUCAAUGAUCUGAUAGACACCUUCUACACUUCGUUCGCCAAAACCUUCCGAGCGUUGGGUGGACAACCGGAAAAAUCCUUCCCCUUCGAGGCGAUUCACGAGCAAAUGAAACUCUUCGGGGCCCAGGUUCUCACGAUGUCUACCUUUGCCUUUCCCAUCCUAUCGCAACUCCCCGAAGAAUUCUUCGAUAAAACCGCGGAUCGGUCUAAAGCUGAGUUCCAGCCGCAGUUCAAUCGAUACAAACAGCUGAUGAAGGACAUUUGUCGCGACUCGGCUCAUUUCGACGAUUUAGAAUAAAUAAUACAGGGAACUUUAAGAGACCUGAAUCAGAUGCCUAAAAUAAGAAACCAAAAAGAGUACAAGAAGGAAUUAGAAGAGACCAAAAAUACCAAGAA